AUGAAGAUAUUCGUCAAAACUUUGAAGGGGAGUACCUUCGAAAUUCAAGUCAAUCCUCAAGACACGGUCGUUGAUGUUAAGAAGAUCAUAGAAUCUGCACAAGGGGCAGACACUUAUCCUGCUGGACAACUGAUGCUUAUCCAUCAGGGGAAGGUUCUUAAGGAUGAAACAACAUUGGAUGAAAAUAAAGUUGCUGAAAAUAGCUUUGUUGUUGUCAUGGUAAACAAGAAAAGCUCUUCUGGUGAAGGCUCAACUGCUUCAACGGCAAAGGCACCUCAGACCAGUGCCCCAUCAUCAAUACCACCACAAGCUCCUGUAGCAGCACCGCCAGCUCCGGCUCCGGUUUCGGCUCCAGCCCCAGUUCCAGCUCCAGCUGCAGCUCCUUUGGUUGCUCCUGCACCUGCAGCUGCUCCUACCUCUGUAGUCGCUGCCACGUCUGAUGCUGAUCCUUAUGGUCAAGCAGCAUCUACAUUGGUGGCUGGGAAUAACUUGGAAGGAGCAGUCCAGCAAAUCCUUGACAUGGGUGGAGGCACCUGGGAUAGAGAAAUUGUUAUUCGUGCUCUCCGGGCUGCGUUCAAUAAUCCUGAGAGAGCUGUUGAAUAUCUGUACUCUGGCAUCCCUGAGCAAGCUGAGCCUGCUGCUCCAGUACCACAAGCUCCUGUGAGUGGACAACCUGCUAAUCCUGCAGCAGCACCGGGAGGAGUUCCACAGGCUGCGGCGCCAGCUGCGGUUCCGGCUGCAGGACCCAAUGCGAAUCCUUUGGACCUUUUCCCUCAGGGCCUUCCCGCUGCUGCCACUGGUGGUGCUGGUGGUGCAGGAACAUUGGACUUCUUGAGAAACAGUCAACAGUUCCAAGCCUUGCGAGCUAUGGUGCAAGCUAAUCCACAGAUAUUGCAGCCCAUGCUCCAAGAAUUGGGGAAGCAAAAUCCUCAUCUAAUGAGACUGAUCCAGGAUCACCAGGCAGACUUCCUUCGUCUGAUCAACGAACCUGUUGAGGGUGGAGAGGCCGGCAUAUUGGGGCAGCUAGCUGCUGCUAUGCCACAGUCUGUUACCGUAACUCCUGAAGAGCGUGAAGCACUAGGCCGCCUUGAAGCGAUGGGAUUCGAUCCACAAAUUGUGUUGGAGGUGUUCUUUGCCUGCAACAAGAACGAGGAACUGGCUGCCAACUAUCUUUUAGACCACAUGCAGGACUUCGAGGAAUGA